AUGAUGGGUGUUCCAACCGCGCGAAAACCUAAUGGCGUUUUGCCAGUCUCUUCCAUUCCGACAUCAAAUGAUACCCCGAAAGCCACCAAGGCUAAAGACCCCCCUCGAGGCAAGAAAGUCCUAGUUCGCCGACUCCCGCCAGGCAUAACCGAGGAGGAAUUCCGGACCAUCUUAAGAAAGGAGUGGAAGAGUGGGAACGGGAAAGUAGAGUGGACUAAAUUUCAAGAGGGCCAAAUCUCUCAGGAUCCGUCGAAUCCAUCCACGCCAGCACGAUGUUAUCUACAGGUUCGGUCCGAAGACAUACCUGCACUAGCUGAGGCCGUUCAAAGGUCAACUUGGGAAGAUGAGAAACGAACUUUCAACGAUUCAGCCCUUGUAGGGCCCCCAUAUCUAGAGGUUUCUAUCUACCAAAAGGUGCCCACCACGAAAAGGCGUACAGAUUCUAAGCAGGGUACAAUCGAUCAAGAUCCUGAUUUUAUGGCUUUCCUCGACAGCCUCACUCAGGAUUCUAACGUGAAGGAAGUUGAUGCCGAACAAGCCGAUGAUCUAGGCAAGACAGACACCAAAGUAACUACCACGCCUCUGGUUGAAUAUCUGAAAGAGAAGAAAGCCAAUAAGGGAAAAGAUACUAGUAAUACUAAGAGCGGUAAACACACUAGACAUGAGUCUCAGGGUGGAAAACCGAAAGGUGGCCAGGAAGAUUCUAAGAGAAAAGGAAAGGACUCCAAGGCCGAGAAAGCUGAAAAAGCUGCUGAUAAGGAGGAGAAGAAAGCUAAGGAGCCCGUAAAACUCCUCACCAAGAAACCAACUGUCCUAGACUCAGCCGAGGCAACUAGAUCAACCUCCGCUCAGGCUAGUACGAGCAAGACAACUGAAGAAGCAAUACCUAAGAGUCGGCGGGCUAAUAUUGCCGCUGCUGCCAAAAUUCUGCAGCGCGAUCUUGGUCUCAGCCCAGGAAGCGCCCAUAGAAGAGCUCGUCAGGAUGCUGCCAAGGCGGAAGCAGCCGCCAAGGUAGAUGUUAGUAAGGAGAAGGACACUAAGGAUUCUGCAUCUACCGCUCCAGCUGCGCCAAGUCAGCCCUCUUCAUCGGCACCGCCAUCCGCCCCGACAGCUCCAAAAGCUCAAACAACUGAAGGCUCACGUCGGUCCCGAGGUUCGAAGUCUACUAAGCAAAACGUGCCUGGUGACAUACCCAAGGGGAAGGGGACCGAUAACGCAAGCAGCACAGCAAAAUCCACACCUAUCACCACGCCUGUCAUUCUCAAGAGGAAAGACGAUGCCCCCUCAAGUGGCUUGGUCCCUACAGCGCCUGCUACCCAGGCCUCGUCAACUUCAACUCCCCCAACCGGCCCUAAGGCUGCUAAUAAGGCCGCACCGUCUAAUAAAUCGGGACCCUCGCAGAAGAAAGCUUCUGGUCAACCAUUGGUGACUGCUGGGGCAAUGCGUGCUUUUGUGAAACACGCAAACCCUUCGCAAGGUGUCACUGAGCCGUUGCUUAAACAGGCCAUGGAAACAUUUGGGCCAGUUACAUUUGUCGAAAUUGACAAGCGGAAAGGCUUUGCAUAUGUUGACUUUAGGGAUCAUGAUGGAUUGGUCAAGGCUAUCUCUGCAAGCCCUAUUCCUGUUGCACAAGGCACUGUGCAAGUGCUGGAAAGAAAGGAGAUUAAGAAGCCAACUCCAACGCCAACACAACCAGCGAGCGACAAGACGAGUAAUGAAACUCCACCAGAUCGCCCUAAGCGAGGUGGUCGUGGAAGAGGUCGUCGAGGAGGGGCAGCUAAUGCAGGCAGUACAAACCCAACAAACGAAGCUGUUGGGUCUUCGGCAACGCCUCCUCCUCAGCCUACUGAGCCAAGUACUGCAGUCACCGCCGAUUGA